AUGCUUUUUGUCCAUUUUGCCCUACCGUUCUUCCUUCUUCUGCCAUUUAUCACGGCCUUGCCAUCAAAUAUCAACCCGCGUGCAGAUUCUGCCGAUGCCGACUCCUGCGAGAUUGACGAGGCAUCCACCUUGGAUGGCCCAACUUCCGAUAAAACAGCUGGUCUAGGAAUCGAAUUUGAAUCCCUGGGAGUAGAACUACGUUCAGAAUGUGACUCAUCCAAAACAAAUCAAGCAAAGGGAAAGGGUAUAGGAAGCCAGGGCAAAGAUCCACGUCAAGGAGACAAAUGGAAACUUACAGCAGACACGACAGCAGAGAUCGCUGGGCGACUAACUGCUGAAUAUAUCCUAGAUGGCACCAAGGUCAAGAUUGGAGACGAUACGGCCACCGCAGCAGCUGCUGCAGUCUCAGGUGACCUAAAAGACUGGAACCCAUACGCAGACAUGGACAACAAUAAGUGGGACAUCGAAGAAAACGAGUGCAAUCCUUGGCAAGUGUCAAAACCCUCAAGCAGUGGCAAUCAGAACAACCUGAUUUGGUUGGUUCAGGCCACUGCACCCCUCCCUUUUGAAGCCAUCAGUGAUCUCAAGGCCGAAGCACUUGGCACCACUACGUCUCCUUUGCUACCACAAACUGGCCCCGGCAGGAGGAGGGGUGUAGUCUCCGUGACCAAAGACUUCUUUCAAUCCUCACCCAACGGCAUUUCUAGCGAUGACGUGAAGGCGGACGUCCUCGGGUUCUUCGGCGUUGUGCUUUCAUACGCAAAAGGUGCCACGGACAUCAGUGACAAUCCGACAUAUGGUACUUCAAGCCCAAAAAGUAUCACCUCCAUCAUGCCUCGAACAGAGUUCAUUACCCAGUAUGCCCAGGUGUCGUCGUCACUCCCAGGGUCAGGCACCCUUUAUGAGCUGGUCAAGGUCCUCGCCUGUUAUAAAAAUCAGGGAGAUGACGUUGACAUUGACUCAAAAUUCUGCGACGGCACUCCAUCAAACCCCCAGCCAAACAAAGAACUAGACAAAUACGGCUGGUGUCUCAAGAACGACGACACGAACGACAAAAAAUGUUUGAAAGUCGAAGACUGGAUCACCAGCAUCACAGGCGACACUCGACCAGACAAGCUGACCGAUCUCGACAAACUCAUCGACGGCCAGAUCGGCGGCCUCGAUAAUGCGCUGGAGAAAGUCAUCGGCACAACUCGCGCAGUCCCCCUCUUCGAGUUCCGAAAUCUCGACGGCAUCUCCGCCCCCGACUUCUCAUCCAACGUCGACAGUAUCGAGAAAGCCAUCAAAACCUUCCACGAAAAGUACAAGUCCGCCCCGUCCCGGAAGUUCAAGCGACAAGCAGCGAGCGACUGCGCCACCGAUGUGGGCACAGCUACCGCGACGGACACGGCAACGGGUACCCAUACCACGGCGAAACCGACCACGGCCAAAACGACGACUGCGAAAACGACCGCUGCGAAAGCAUCGCCGUCACCGUUUGAAGAAGUCAGUCAUGUAGACGUGAAGUAG